ACCACCCUCAUGGGACGUCGACCCCACUUCUCUGCCGCCUGCCACCGCAACUACCAACCCCCAGCCGGCGGACUGUCUCCCCCCGACACGCUGCAAACUCACAACGCCAACAACGAUGACCACGAGAAAACCUCAUCUUCACCACCACCAUCACCAAAACCCACAAUUCCUCCUCCUUCUCUCACUUCCCAUGUCGACCCGGAGCCAUCUGCGCCACCUCAACGACAUAGAGUCCGUGCAAGUGGUGGUCUUCCCACCAGCGCCCCCGGUGGCAGCGGCAACCGUGCCGGACAACCAGAUCGUGCCUUACGUGUCUCCCGAAAACAAUAGCAACAGACAAGAAAUGGGCCAAAACUGGCCUCGUUUUUGGCUAAUACUGUGACUACCGGGCCAUAUGGAGUGCCGGGGAGCCCAUAUUAAUAGGCACGCGGCCGCCACGGGGCUCGCCGUCAUGUUUCCUCCGCAGAAAGCAAAUCAUCAGGUGCCGCUGCCAUUGGCGAACGACGAAUUGGUAGUGCAUGACAACGAUAUGGCACCAGCAGCAUCGGUGGCUCCGGUAGCCAGGUCGACUUGGCUGGGGCCAGAAGGGCCGCAGGUGAUUCUGGUUCCGUUCGUGGGGGUUCCGUGGAGGAGUGGGCUCUUCGAUUACUGUCAACAUCCCACUAACACUAAUGCAACAAUAACAACAGUAGCACCAUGCGUGACGUUUGGACAGAUUGCUGAGAUAUUGGACAAUGGCAGCACCAGUUGCUUGACGGGUUCGUUUCUGUACUUCUUCCUGUUCCUGGUGCUAUGCCGUUGGAACUUGGGAGUCUCGUACAGAAGGAGGCUCCAGAGCUCAUUUCAGACAGCGGAGAAGCCGCUCGGCGACCGACUCUCCCACAUUUAUUGCCCGCUUUGCUCACUUUGCCAGGAGUUCCGGGAGCUUAAGUACCGCGGCCUGGACCCUUUUCAAGGUGACCAAGGCGUGAUCGCAGGGAUACUAUACGAGCAGAGGGAACAAGGAGCGGCAAUCAUCCCUCCCACGAGCCAAGCGAUGAUGAGAUGA